ACUACUGGCUAUAUUUCACCUUGAACAUACUUCCCGUUCUCUUCACCCAAGAUGAAGCAUCUCUGACCUUGUGCUUCUUUUAUACAGCAUUUCCUUCCUUCUCCGAGGAGAAAGAUGAGCUGGGCAUUCCUGCGUGACCUGCUGAGUGGAGUGAAUAAAUAUUCAACAGGAAUUGGAAGAAUCUGGGUAGCAGUUGUGUUCAUAUUCCGCUUGCUGGUUUAUGUUGCGGCUGCAGAAAACAUCUGGAAAUACGAACACGAUGAAUUUGAAUGCAACAUCAAGCAGCCUGGCUGUGAAAAUGUUUGCUUUGACCAUUUUUUCCCUGUCUCUCACAUCAGGCUCUGGGCUUUGCAGUUAAUCCUGGUCUCCACCCCUUCGCUCUUGGUUGUUUUCCAUGUUGCUUAUCGAGAGAACAGAGAAAAAAAGCACAACCAGAAACUUUACAAAAGUCCAGGUGAGAUAGAUGGUGGAUUGCUGUGCACAUACCUUAUCAGUCUUGUUUUAAAAACAGGAUUUGAAAUAGUUUUUCUCAUUCUGUUUUAUAAAUUGUACAAUGGAUUCAAAAUACCACAUCUUGUCAAAUGUGACGUGAGACCAUGUCCUAAUACUGUUGACUGCUAUAUUUCUAAACCAACUGAGAAGAUGAUUUUCCUCUAUUUUCUGGUGGCAAUUUCAUGUCUGUGCAUUGUAUUAAAUUUAAGUGAACUGAGUUACCUCAUUUGCAAAUACUCUGUGAAGUGUUAUCUGAAGAGGUACAGCAAGAAACAUCGAGGCUCAGCAAGCGAUUGCCACAAAUCAGGAACCAUCAGUCACAGGAGAGCAGCAGCUGCAGGACCAGUCCAUGACAGCUCCCUGUCCUUGCCUCUGAAUGCAGAAGAUGGACACGAAAAAAUCUCCCCACUGACUUGAAAGGUCGGACAACACCUUCCUGUUACACAAGCUGUAUCUCGUGAAUUGCUCUGUUCCGAUCAGUGCUUCACAGAAGUGAAAGGAGAGUUAUCUAGGAAGUGUUUUUCCUCUGUUAGUUCCCUCCCUCCGUUAUACAAGCAAAUAAAUCCACUUGCAUUAUGUAUGUCACGCAUAGAAUUACCUAGAUCUGUUCAUGUUGAAGCAAAAGGUGAAGAGGCCUGAAAAUUCCAUGGAGUUUUAAUAAUAUACACAAAUGUUUAUGAUAAAUCAUACUGAAACAAUUGCUCAAACAAAUAUGUUUUGCAUAUUAUACAGAACUGCUUUGUUAUAAGCAAAAAGGGGAUUUUUAUAUCCAGAGAUGGAAGAACCUGGAAUUAAGAUACCAUUAUUAUUAUAGAACCUGGAAUUAAGAUACUGGCAUGUGGAUUUAACUCCUGGUCACCCACACUGAGCAGCUCCCCAGCCACCACACACGUCGUCUGCCCCAGUGGCUGCGGUGGGUGAGGGAAAAAAAUCUUCCACAGUUCUCUAGGAUCCAAGAAGAAAAAUGUAGACUGUGCAAUAUAACAAAACGUGGGCCAGUGGUCUUAGCACUCAGUAGCCCGAAACCUGGUCCCUUUGGUAGGGCUGAAAAUACCACCGCUCCUUCAGCAG